AUGCAGCCGUCAGGACAAGCUGCGCGGUUCCCAGCCUCCCUGCCUGACUCAGCCCGGGCACCGCCGCCUCCCAGCCGUCGCCCGGCAACCACUGCUGAGUGGGGCGAGGGGGUGGUCCAGAACUGCAGGGCGUUUCAGAGCGGCGGAGCAGACGAGGGGACCUCCAGGUCAGAGAGAGGGGAGCUUCUAGCCUGGGGUGAAGAGUCAGGAGCGGAGGGGACUCCAGGCCAGAGUGGUGGGAAGUGUGCUCCGAGAAAGGAACUGGCAGGGAAGCCAGUGCAACAGCAAGUCUGCUGGAUCUUGGGGGACACACUUAGGAUGCUUGUGCCAGUACUCCUCGUCCUCUCCUUCUGCCUCAGGGGGCGUGCAGGCCUGGCACCCCACUUUCUGCAACAGCCAGAGGACCAGGUAGUUCUGUUGGGAGACGAGGCCCGGCUGCCCUGUGCCCUGGGCGCCUACCGGGGACUGGUUCAGUGGACUAAGGACGGGCUGGCUCUAGGGGGCGAAAGGGAUCUUCCAGGCUGGUCCCGGUACUGGAUAUCAGGGAAUGCAGCGAGUGGCCAGCACGACCUCCACAUUAGACCCGUGGAGCUAGAGGAUCAAGCAUCAUAUGAAUGUCAAGCGACACAAGCCGGCCUCCGCUCUCGACCAGCCCGACUGCAUGUGCUGGUGCCUCCAGAACCCCCCCAGGUGCUGGGCGGCCCCUCUGUGUCUCUGGUUGCUGGGGUUCCUGCGAAUCUGACCUGUCGGAGCCGUGGUGAUGCCCACCCUACCCCUGAGCUGCUGUGGUUUCGAGAUGGGGUCCGGCUGGACGGGGCCAUCUUCCGCCAGACCCCUUUGAAGGAAGGAACCAUCGGGUCAGUGGAGAGCAUCUUGUCUUUGACCCCUUCCAGCCAUGAUGAUGGAGCCACCUUGGUUUGCCGGGCCCGGAGCCAGGCCCUGCCUGCAGGGAAGGACACAGCUGUCACACUAAGCCUGCAGUACCCCCCCGUGGUUACUCUGUCUGCAGAACCACAGACAGUGAAGGAGGGAGAGAAGGUCACUUUCCUAUGCCAGGCCACAGCCCAGCCUCCUGUCACCGGCUAUAGAUGGGCAAAGGGGGGCUCCCCGGUGCUCGGGGCCCGCGGGCCAAUGCUGGAGAUAGUGGCUGACGCUUCAUUCCUGACUGCACCGGUGUCCUGCGAGGUCAGCAAUGCAGUGGGUAGCGCCAACCGCAGCACAGCGCUGGACGUGCAGUUUGGGCCGAUUCUACAGGCAAAGCCGAAACCCUUGUCGGUGGACGUAGGAGAAGACGCCUCCUUCAGCUGUGUCUGGCGCGGGAAUCCACUCCCACGGGUAACCUGGACCCGCCGCAGGGAUGCACAGGUGCUGGCCUCCGGGCCCACGCUGCGUCUUCCCGCGGUGGGGCCCGAGGAUGCAGGCGACUACGUGUGCAGGGCCGAGCCGGGGCUCUCGGGCCAGGGUGGUGGCGCUGCGGAAGCUAGGCUGACUGUGAACGCUCCCCCAGUAGUGACCGCUCUGCACUCUGCGCCCGCCUUCCUGAGGGGCCCCGCCCGCCUCCAGUGUCUAGUCUUCGCCUCCCCCGCCCCAGAAGCCGUGGUAUGGUCUUGGGAUGAGGGCUUCCUGACGGCGGGGUCACGGGGUCGGUUCCUGGUGGAGAACUUCCCAGCCCCAGAGGGCCUCGCGGGACAGGGUCCAGGCCUGAUCUCUGUGCUACACAUUUCGGGGACCCAGGAGUCCGACUUUCACCGGGGCUUCAACUGCACUGCCCGGAACCGAUUGGGUGAGGGAGGCACCCAGGUCAGCCUGGGCCGUAGAGACUUGUUGCCCACUGUGCGGAUUGUGGCCGGAGUGGCCGCCGUGGCCACGACUCUCCUUAUGAUCAUCACUGGGGUGGCCCUCUGCUGCUGGCGCCACGGCAGGGGUCAGUCCUCUUUCUCCAAGCAAAAGAACCUGGUGCGAAUCCCAGGGAGCAACGAUGGCUCCAGUUCCAGGGGCCCUGAGGAGGAGACAGGCAGCAGCAAAGAUCAGGGCCCCAUCGUGCACACAGACCACAGUGACCUGGUUCUAGAUGAGGAGGGGGCUCUGGAGACCAAGGACCCAACCAAUGGUUACUACAAGGUCCGAGGAGUCAGUGUGAGCCUGAGCCUUGGAGAAGCCCCUGGAGGAGGUCUCUUCCUACCACCCUCCUCCCCUCUUGGACCUCCAGGAACCCCUACCUUCUAUGACUUCAAUCCACAUCUGGGCAUGGUCCCCCCCUGCAGACUAUAUAGAGCCCGAGCAGGCUAUCUGACCACACCUCAUCCUCGAGCUUUUACCAGCUACAUCAAACCCACAUCCUUUGGACCCCCAGAUCUGGCCCCCAGCACUCCCCCCUUCCCAUAUGCUGCCUUCCCCACGCCCAGCCACCCACGUCUCCAGACUCAUGUGUGACAUCUCUCCCGCUGAAGAGUCCUGGGAUCUUCAACUAGCAUAAUGGAUUAUCCUGAUUUCUGAGUAACCAGAACAAACUGGCUAUGGAACAAACCCUUCCAAAAUUGAACCUUGAGGGGAGGGAAAGAUCAUUGCAGUUGCCUGGGUCAUUGCAAGAAAGCCACUGGGCUUGCCUCUUCCUCUGUAUAAAAGAGAUUCAAGAGGGCAGAUGGGCCCUUUGCAGAGGGAUGGGGACAGGGGUUAUGGGAGUUAGGGACAGAGAAGGAAAUUGCUUCCAAACAUUGAAAGAAGAGAUUUCAAGACGGCCACUCACAUUAAGAAGAAAGGCAACAUAAAGCAGAUCAAGAUACAGGAUCUGCCCUUGCUAUCCCCGAGGGAUACUUUGCUUCACCCAUGGAAUUGCUGCCAAAAUGGCCAUUCAUUCCCUGGGAAUCCAAGAUGGCCACCAUCUUGAUUCUUUCUACCUUCCUUAAAGGCCCUGGAAGAACCGGACCCAAGAAGUAAGGACAGGGUGAGGGCUGUUGUGGUGGGAAGGGGGGAAGGAGUGCUGUUGGAAUCUGGGAAUGAGAAUAUUUAUGUUCAAUUAAAAAAAAAAGUUGCAAAGUGAAUA